UCCACACGAGCAGCUGCUGGGGUAAUUAGCCGUCAGAUCUUAACUUUCACUACAAUACCCAUCCUUGGAACCGCUCCACAAUCUCUGCUCUAAUUGGUUGUGAACGAGCCAGCCGUAACCAAUGAGCAGAGGGCGCCCGCACGCCAGGGGCAUUCUGGGUAGGAUGCCCCGCCCGCCAGGGGCACACUGGGUAGGAUGCCAACCGACGCCACCUUUCACCUGUGUUCUCUUAUUUGUUUACGUCUGUUUUGGUCGCCAUGGAAGCCAAGACAGUAAACAAGUAAACACGGUAUUAGAACUCAGCAGUGCAGCUGGCUGGGGGUGUCUGUGUGUUUGUGUUAAUGUCUUCAGGGUUAGGUUGAGUGUGUGUGGUUGUAUGUUUGUGCGUUGAGGUCUUCAGUGUAAGGUUGUGUGUUUAUUUGUGUGUUGUUGUGUGUAAGUGUGUGUGUGUGUGUGUGUGUGUGUGUGUGUGUGUGUGUGUGUGUGUGUGUGUGUGUGUGUGUGUGUGUGUGUGUGUGUGUGUGUUUGUCCGUUGAUGUGUUCAAGUCUCCAGGGUUAGGUUGUGUGGUUGUGUGUCUGUGGUUGUGUGUUUGUCUCUAUAGGGUGAGGUUGUUUGGGUUACUUAAGAAUAGGGUCAGCGUCAUACUCUUUCAACAAUAAAGAUUCACUUUACUGUCUUACCAACAGCACUAUAAUACUAUUUUACCACCAACCGAGCCGUGUGUGUGUGUGUGUGUGUGUGUGUGUGUGUGCGUGUGUGCGUGUGUGCGUGUGUGCGUGUGUGCGUGUGUGUGUGUGUGUGUGUGUGUGUGUGUUUAAAUCGUUAAAUCGUUUCAACCAGUAUCAGCAGCCUACUGGUCGCAGUGCUAGGAGUUGUAGCAAUAACAUGUUCAAUAUUUAGUCCAUGACACGUUGCGCUAAAGACACACGCGGGCACCCGUAGUCCGUGACGUCAUGAACCCGCAUGGCUGAUAUCGGUUGAAUGAACACAACUUUUACAAAGUUGGUAGUAAACAACAAUCUUGACAGAGGAUUACUCGGUCCGACAUCACUCCACGCCCCCCGGAGAAUACACUUAAUCGGCGGUCCCUCAGAGUCCACCGUGCGGGGUCCCACUGAGGCAUGACCAUGUCCCGGUCCCGGUCUCCGGAGGUCCAGGGGUCCAGAGGGACCCUCGUCCCCCAACAUCCGGAGGUCCGACCGGAGCCCCAAAUACAGGGGCUCGUCCAAUCGCGUACAUAUAGAGCCGUGCAGACCCCCAGACGAUGGACCUGCGAUCGCUACUCGGUCUUGACUAGCGGGGACUCUCCCGGGGACGAGGUCACCCAGGACAUCAUCUGGGACCCCACCUCCCCCACCCAGCCCGGCCCCAGCGGGGGUUCCAGGACCACCAGGAUGGUGAAGAUAUCCGACAUAGUGAACCGCAUCGCCCCCAAGGACGUCCGGCCGGCGCCGUCGCCCCUCUUGCAGUGGAUGGGCGACUGCGGGGUGUCCUGCACCCCCGAGCCCCAGACGCACCGCGCCCGCAGGCGCUCAGUCAGGCAGAGCAGUGUGGACGGCCUGGUGGAGCUGGCCCGAGCCUUCGACCGGAACAUGGAGCGCUCCGACGACCUGGCCGCCGCCCCUCGUCUCCACGACGACCUGGCCGCCGCCCCUCGUCUCCACGACGACCUGGCCGCUGCCCCACGUCCCCACGGCGACCUGGCUGAUGACCCCCGUCCCCACGGCGACCUGGCCGCUGCCCGGCGUCCCCACGGCGACCUGGCCGCCGCCCCUCGUCCCCACGGCGACCUGGCUGAUGACCCCCGUCCCACCAGCAACCUGGCCGCAACCCCCCCUCCGCUUCCCCCCCCCUCCGAGUCGCAGCGGGUGGAGGCGGAGCUCCGGGCACUGUUCGACAGCUCUACCCAGAAGGUCAGCGGGGCCCUGAGCCAGGGGGCCCUCAGCGAGGGGUCCCUCAGCCAGGGGUUCAGCGGGCCCCUCAGAAAGGGGGUCAGUGGGCCCCUCAGCCAGGGAGCCCUCAGCCAAGGGGCCCUCAGCCAGGGGGUCAGCGGGCCCCUGAGCCAGGGACCCCUCAGGCCCUCAGACCGGCCCCCGGGGGUGGCGGUCCGGGGCCCGGGGUCGGUGGUCCAGGAUUUUGAGGAUGACUUUGAGGACGACUGGGAGGACGAUGACCUGAUGAACGACUCGCUGGUGGUUGCCACGACCUCAGGGGCUCCCCCGGGGGUCGACUCCUCCUGCCCACCCCAGGGGAGGACUCCCGGACCCAUGGGCGGCCGUCCCGGACCCAGGACCCCCCAGCGCAGCACCUUCAGACUGGAGUCCAACCCAAGGUGUCUGGCACCCCCCGCCUCAAUCAAUCACAGGUCAGAGCGCCUGCCCCCCCCCGCCUCGACCAAUCACGGGUCAGAGCGCCUGCCCCCCCCCGCCUUGACGAAUCAAGGGUCAGAGUGCUUGCCCCCCCCCGCCUUGACCAAUCACAGGUCAGAGCAUCUGCAGGCAGUUCAACCUGUCAAAAGGCAGCCCGUUACCACGGUGACGCCGCUAACAAUGGUGACACCAGUAACCAAGGUAAAGCCGGUAACCACGGUGAAGCCGGUAACCACGGUGAAGCCGGUAACCACGGUGAAGCCGGUAACCACGGUGAAGCCGGUAACCACGGUGAAGCCUCAGUCGAGCGCGGCGGUCCAGGGCCCCGGGGCCCCGGACGGCUGGUGGGACGAGGGCGGAGACGACCAGCUGCUGCUCCAGGUGUGUGAGGACGUAGAGAAGUUCUCCAACAGCCAGCCCUCCUCGGCCCCUCAGGCCCCUCAGGCCCCUCAGGCCCCUCCCUGCGGGCGGGGUCACCCCAGCACGCCCGCCCGGGGGCGGGGCCUCUCCACCACGCCGGUGGCCAUCGGGCCCGCCCCCCCAUGGGGGGCGGGCCAGCCGCUGGCGUGCGGGUACAGGCGCUCUAACUCGGCCCCGGUGGCCGGCGGGAGGGCUGCGAGCGGCCAGGGGGGGGACGUCCAGACGAAGGGCGCUGGGGUCACAGCCGACCAAUCAGCUCUCUCUCAGAGCCAUCCCGGCAGCCAUGUUGGACCACGUCACCUCAGAGACGCUCCAGGGACAUUCCGCCCGCAGACGGUGACCUCCAGACCCUCAGGAAACUCCCAUCAUGCAACAUUCAAGAGGCACUUCUCAGAGUCCUCCGCCAUCAGCAGCAAAGCGGUGUCGACCGGUCAGGUGAGCGUUCAGUUGAUCUCCAGGUGCUCGGCUGCUGACAUCGAGAGGAAGAAGCAGGAAGCUCUCGCCAGGAAACGCAAGCGGAUGCAGAACUCCCAGAAAAACGAGACCUCCUGAAGAGCUGCUACUGUCCACUCAACCCCCAGGAGGGUGUGUUCUCGUCCAGAUCAGUGAUUGUUGCUCUGCUGGAUUAUUCCUCCAUGCUAUCUGUUUACAUUCCAGUGACAGCGGUUUUGUUUUAUUGCAUCAAACCGUCGUUGUCCGAACUCUCCCCAUGAGGUCAACCCUCCGUUGCUGGGGGUCAAGCCACCAUGUGUUGAGUAGAAGUCCAGAUGACCAGGCUCUUAAGACUAUGUCAGCAUGAAGAGCAACACACCUACGGGGAUCCACACAGUCACCAUCGUCAGGUGGCCAACAUUUCUUUAAAGUCGAUGACCAUGAGACAUCCUGCCAAAUCACUGUUGCCUUCAUAUACGUACUGCUAUGUAGCCAUGCUAGUUAGCCAUGCUAUGUAGCCAUGCUAUGUACCAACGCCGCACUUGCACUGUUUGUACUUAUCUUCGUGAUGGCUAACCCUUUUCGACCAAACUAAGAAUAAUAAAGUUAUUCCACCUU